UUCAUGUUUUGUGUCCUUACAUGUAAGAUACAGACAUGAUUAGUGGUCUAAGGCACGGAAAGCAUGUGAGAGCGUUUUAAUCGGAGCCUAGGCUAGUUCGUUAGCAGCAUUGAUGCUAAUUUUAGCUUCUAGCAUCAUCAAGGCAUCUGAUGAGCAGGAACAAACAGGCUUCUUCUCUGGAAAACGCCAGUGUUUGUUGUCAUGCUAAUAAUGGCCGAACUAAAUACUCUAGAGAGCCUGCUGGAGAUGGGCUUUGACAAAAACAGAGCAGAAAAAGCUGUGGCCAAUACAGGAAACCAGGGAAUAGAACAAGCUAUGGACUGGUUGAUGGAGCAUGAGAAUGACCCAGAUAUCGAUGAGCCCUAUGUGCCUCCUGCUGAGAAUGUUCUGGGAGGAACAACAGAUAGUCAGUCCAGCACAGAGCAGCCAACUAUCGAAGGAACAGAAAACUUAAGUGAAGAAUUCCUCGACCCUGAGGACAUAGAGGCUUUAAAGCGACCAAUGACAGAAGAGGAGAGACGCGAACAAGUCAAAAGGCUAGAGGAGCUGAUGCGGGUGAAACAGGCAGAGAGGAGAGAACGUGAGCGAGCAGAGGAGGUGGAGAAAGAGAAACAGCGACGGAAACAGGGCCAAGAGCUGCAGCAGAUCCGCCAAAAACUGCAGGAUGACGACAUGAAAAAACUUGCUGAUCAGAGGAGGAGAGAGAAGAUGGAAGACAAACUUGCUAGGCAAAGAGUUAAAGAGAAAAUAGCGAGAGACAGAGAGGAGCGUGCACAGAAGUUUGGAGGUGGUGCAUCUUCAAGCACGGCUGCUUCAACACAGCCCACCCCACCCAGCCCAUCAUCGCCCACCAGUCAGGGCCCUCCUCCCACUAAGAAGGAGUAUGAUGAAUCAAGGAUACAGGUUCGCCUGCUGGACGGCUCCACAAUCACAGCCGUGUUUAAGGCUCAGGAGCCACUGGCGGCGGUGCGGGUCUACGUACAGAUGAACGGCAACACACCCGAGGGUCAGGACUUCACGCUGCUGUCACCCUACCCCCGCCACAUCUACACUGAAAUGGACAUGGAGAAGCCCCUCAAAGAGCUGGGUUUGGUGCCUUCAGCCGUGCUGGUUGUUACCAAAAAGUAAGAAACGAGAGGAUCUGCUCUGUGAGCCUACCUCACCACUUCCACUACGUCAUGUCCAGACACCGGAAACCAACUGAACCAGAACCAGAGCUGCCAUCCCAUAGUGUUACACAAGGAGCCAUCGAAGUGAGCUAAAGCACAGAUGCUGUGAGGCUGCAUUCAGACACGAGUGACUGGAUUCAGUCUCCCGCUGCAGUUUGACUCACAUAUCGAGAUGGAUCUUAACAGAUCAGAGAGAAGAAAGCUGGGUUCUGGCUGACACUUAUUCUAAACGUUUAGGGUAAAGUACGGAUCUAGGUUGUUUGUUUUUACCAGAUUCUUAAUGACAUCAUCUCAAAGUUCUUAUAAAGGGCCUUAAGUUUAAUUGCCAUGAUCUUCCUAAUUUUGUGACAUUCUAUUUUUCAAUUUUUUUAAAAAGACGUUCAGCUCUAUUGACAGGUUGGUCUACAUAUUUACAAAAGAUCCACUUACAAUAAAACAUGACUUUGAGCACUGA